GUAGAAUAAAUCUAUGGUAAAUUUAACGUUUUUAUAAAAUAAUUGACAAUGGCGGGGCUCUUGGAUUUGUGCGAAAAGUAUUUCGGCGCCCGAGACUUUUACGAAGUGUUGAAGAUUCCGACAAACGCAAACGAGAAGCAAGUUAAGAAAGCGUAUCACAAAUUGUCACUACUCGUACACCCUGAUCGAGUGGAGGAAAACGUGAAGGCUGAAGCCACGGAAAAGUUCAAAGUACUCGGAAGGAUCCACUCAAUUCUAAGCGACAAUGAUAAGAGGAAGAUCUACGACGAGUCUGGCCAAUUUGACGAGGAGAGCGAGGAAGUUGUUAUGAAAAAUUGGGCUGAUUACUGGCGAUCUUUAUUCAAAGAAAUAACUGUCGAAGAUAUCAACAAUUAUGAAAAAAAUUACAAGGGAUCUGAAACUGAGAUAAAAGACUUGAAGCGGGCUUAUAUGGACAGCAAAGGUGAUAUGGACUAUAUUCUUGAAGCUGUUCCAUUUACAAACUGUGCUGAAGAACCGCGUCUGCACGAUAUAGUUCAAGAAUUGAUUGAAACCGGAGAUGUACCAGAGUUCAAAGCUUUCACUGAGGAGGAUCCCAAAAAGAAAAUACGCAGGAAACGAAAGUGGGCCAAGGAAGCGGCGGAAGCUGAGAAGCUCGAAAAGAUGCUGAAAAUUGAAAACGAAGAAAACGCGGCGUCUAACGCCUUAUCCUUAGCGAUUCAGAAUAGGGGUACAGCUAGGGCAAAAGAGGCCAACAACUUUUUCGAUUCGCUCGUCGAGAAGUACGCUAACAAAGCCGGAAAACCGUCCAAGGCGAAGAGUCCGAAGGGUGGGAGGAUCGCAAAAUCGCCGAGGAAAACCAAGAAGAAAGCCUAAUUCCCAAUUUCAAACCGUGAAUCGUACCAAAUUUCCCCUUCAAUUUUAUUAUUUCAAUGAAUUGCAGUACAAAUGGUGUUUAUUUUUCGUUCCGUCAUAAUCUGGUUAUUGCGUGGAACUAUCAUUGAAAGAUGUUUUCUCUUACACUUGUAAAAUCAGUCUCGUAUACUUUGCUCUCAAAUGUCAUGAUAAAGACGGACGAUUACUACUGACAAUAUCAUCUGAAAAUUUUGUAGUAAACAUUGCGCACUUAUAUAACUGCCGUGAUCGAAGCACAGAGAUACAUUUAUCUCUUGUGUAAACAUUCGCCUGCUCGCUCGCAUAUUCGCCAUUCGGCUCAUGUGGCAGUCUACGUAUAGGGUAUACACCCGUUUCUCAUUCCCAUCCAAGCCGACGAAUCGUACCUAAUUGGGCAUCACUUGGCAUGUGAGGUAAUUUACAUUGUUUUUAUUGUACCAUGAAAAUUUAUUUAUAAAUAAAAUCGUCAUUGAAGUCAUUG